AGAUUUGAUCGAGAUAUAAGGAUUUUAAUUUUUGCUAGUAACAGGCGAAAAACCGAUUUUUCACAACAAUGCCUCUGGCGAAGUUAUAUUCAUUUCUACACAAAAACAAAUGUUGCCACUAUGCUCAGCGUAGUCGAUUACCUAUAUUCCAUGGCAUUUUAAGAUCCCCAGAGACGUCUGCGCGGAGAUAGACACGUGCUCGAGGAAAGCGAGCCCUGCCCGAACGACGCUAGCUAGAGAGCCGGGACUUGCAUAAUUUUGUAGAAUAACGUCCAAACUAUCUACGCGUGCAAAAAAAUUACUAACAUUGUGUAUUAGUUUUCUAAGAACGGAGCUGGUUUUCCAAAGAUCCUCUGAAAACCCGAUCUCUGGAAUUUUUUCAACAGUUGCUUCCGCUUGUGAAAAGUUCUGCUCAUUCAGGCUAUUGAACAGCGAAAAUCGCAGGUCUCUAUCUCAUUCCUAUCAAAAGUCAUUCAAAAAAUGCCCACGGGUCUUGUAUUUUGGGAUGGAUAGUAGUUAAUGUUCAAGCUACUGCACCACAACAAAUAGCUACGACACCAACCUUUAAAAAAAUAAAAACGUCACUUUAUACUGCACGUAACAAAAGUUAUCGUCCAAGACCGAAGUCAUUAAAUGAUGUAAACACUGAAGGUUAAAAAGAAUUCAUUUUUAUUUUAGAGCACUUUCUUAUCUAUAGUUCUGUCUUAAAUUAGGUAUAUGGCGACAAACGUUAAAUGGUGAUUCUUUUCUACUUAUUGAUCAGAAACAACAACCAGUAUUUGGUACAUUAUCAUCUCUUCAACAAUUAUGUAGUAGUGAUCAUUUAUUUAUGGAUGGUACAUUUUCAUCAUGUACAUAUACAAACUUAUUAGCUGCAAUUCAACGAAUUUGUUAUGAAAAUCACUUAAUUAUUAAUCCAAAAUAUAUAACCAUAGAUUUUGAAACUGCCAUAAUAAAUUCUCUAAGUAGAAUAUUUCCAAAUGCAGCAAUAAAAGGCUGCAACUUUCACUUUAAUAAAUAUUUAUAUAAACGUUUACAAGCAUUAGGAUUCCAGUCUGCUUUUAUUAAUGCUGAAUCUACAGAUAUUAAUGAUAUAAAUGUUCGAAAUUUAUAUAAGAAAACAGCUGCACUUGCUUCUACGCCACCAAAUCAGAUUCCAAAUUUAUGGGUGCAAAUUAUGGAUGAUUUUCAAUAUAUUCAAAAUAUUGAACCAUUUUUUGAUUAUUUUACAACAACAUGCGUAGAUGGUAAUGCAAUGUUUGAUUAUUCAUUGUGGAAUUAUUUUGAUUUCUUAAGUCAUCGUACUAACAAUAACGUCGAGGGAUGGCAUUGUAGACUAAAUUCUUUGCUUUAUCAUGUCCAUCAUCCAAAUAUUUACGUAUUUGUUAAUAGUUUAAAAGAAGAUUUUGCGUUCAAUACGGCUAUUAUAACACAAACUUCUGCCACUGGUGCAACACCAUCACGUAAAAAAUUGUAUGUUCAACGAAAUACACGCAUUCUGGAUUUGGAAAAAAGAUUUUAA